AAAAGCCUUUGUGGGAAAAUUGCUUGACAAGCUUUCAGAAUUUAUCUGGGGAGAGAUUUCCAUUAUGCGAGAUGUGCAGGACGAGCUCAAGCAGUUUCAAAGAAGAAUAGAGAGGCUAAGCGGAUAUCUUGAAUCAGCAGAGCAGAAGAGGCAUGAAGACCGGACUAUCAAUAACUGGGUGGUGGAGUUGAAAGAUGUCAUGUAUGAUGCGGAGGAUAUCAUCGAGCGUUGUAUGAUCGAGGGCAGAAUAUUGUUGGAAAAUCAUCCCUCUACAUUAGCGGUACGCGACACCUCAUCUUCAUUUUAUUCCCCUGGUUUCCUCAAGUUCAAGCAUGAAAUUGGUAAAAAAAUUAAAGAACUUAAUGAUAGGCUAAAAGAGAUUAACAACGAUAGAUCAAAAUUGCCUGCACUAAAAUACACCAGGCAAAGUGCUCAAGAGGGUAGAGUAAAUACCCGUCAAACUUUUCCCAGUGUGAUUAAGUCUGAUAUUGUCGGGCCAAAAAUUGAAGAGGCUACCCAAUGUCUCGUGGAGUUAUUAAUUAAGGACGAUAAUAAAAAAUACCGAGUUUUGGGGAUCGUUGGAAUGGGUGGAAUCGGCAAGACCACUCUUGCUUCUAACAUAUACAAUAACAAAAUAAUAAAAGAGAACUUUCCUAUACGAGUAUGGGUGUGUAUUUCUCAAGAUUUUUCAGAAACAAAAUUGCUAAAAGAGAUAAUUAGGGGUGGGGGUGGAAAUUAUGGGAAGGCUGAAACUAAGGCAGAGCUUGUAACCUGUCUUUCUUUUGUUCUUUCAAAAAGAUUCUUUAUUGUAUUAGAUGAUGUAUGGGAAAAAGAUGUAUGGGAGGAUUUGCUUAGAUAUGCCGUUGAAAAUGCAACAUCUACCGGCAAGAUUGUAAUUACCACUCGAGAUAGGAACGUGGCUGGAAGUAUUGUAGCAGAGAGAGCAGAGAUCCAUCAUGUUGAUAAAAUGGAUCACCGCAGUGGUUGGAAAUUGCUCUGCAAGAUAGUCUUUGGAGAUAAUGAUGAUGAUGAGGAGGAGAUCUCUAGCUUACAAGAAAUUGGGGUUAAAAUUGUUAAAAAAUGCGGCGGUCUUCCUCUUGCAAUCAAAACCAUUGGAGGGGUUUUAAGGUCGAAGGAGAGAAGCACCAUGGAAUGGAAUAAGAUUCUCAGAAGUGAUGCCUGGUCAAUGAGCCAACUUCAAGAACAACUCCCAAGAGCUCUAUUUUUAAGCUAUGAAUAUUUACCAUCUGAUCUCAAACAGUGUUUUCUAUACUGUUCGUUGUUUCCUGAGGAUUUUACCAUGGAUCGCGAUGAGCUUAUUCGUUAUUGGGUGGCUGAAGGCUUUGUAAGAAGAACACAAGGAGAUACAAUUAUGGAAGAUUUAGCAGAGGAUUUCUGUAGGGAGUUAAUCGGGAGGAAUCUUUUACAGCCAUGUGAUUUCUUAGGUGACUUGAGUGACGUAGCUGGCAAUUACUGCAAGAUGCAUGAUCUGCUACGUUCCCUUGCUCAUUCUUUGAUAAGUGAUGAGAGCAUUUUUCUUGGUGACGAGCAAUCACCUAAGACAAACCCUCUGAGUAAAAUACGUCGUUUGUCAAUGGUUAACAAAGGUGAGAGACUAGAAGUUCCUGAUGUACUAAAAGAGCAAAAGUGCUUAAGAACUCUUCUUGUUUGGAGGAGUUCCGAGAUAAAGAUGGUCGAGAAUGAACUUUUGAAAACAUUGGGUUUUCUGCGAGUCAUGGACCUGAGCAAUACGAGCCUUGAGAGCCUUCCAGACUCCGUAGCAGAUCUUUUGCACCUGAGAUAUUUAAAUGUUUCUGAGACGGAGAUCAAGGAGUUGCCAGAGUCCAUCGGAUGCCUCGUAAACCUACAGAUAUUGAACUUGGCAUUUUGUGAAUUCUUGCAUACUCUCCCUAAGGCCAUCACAAAAUUGUGCAAUCUAAGAUGCCUCCGUCUUGAAAGAACACCAUUUACUCAUGUGCCAAAGGGAAUAGGCAAAUUAAAAGAUCUGAACCAUCUUCAAGGAUUUGUGAUCGGCCAUGAUGAUAGAAGAGAUGAUGAGGGGUGUGAUUUGAAGGAGCUACAAUCUCUGUCCCAGCUGAGAUUCCUGGAGAUACAAAGUUUGGAGAGGGCACAACCAAGCGGAGCUUUGGUACUCGUAAACAACCACUCUCUGAGGACAUUAAUUUUGAAUGGUAAAAAAGCAUCUAUUUGUACUAGAGAAGCAAUUGCAAUCCAGAGAAAUGACGAGGAAGAAGCAAUUACAAUCCAGAGAAAUGACAAGAUUUAUAAUGAGCUCUCUCCUCAAUCCACCCACCUACAGGAACUUCAGAUUUAUGACUUCUUUGGUACUGGAUUUCCCAGCUGGAUGAUGUCACCUUCCUUGGAUGUCUCCUUUCCUAACCUGACGACAAUAGUGCUCUCUCAUUGUAAAUCAUGUCCGCAGCUUCCUCCAUUGGGCCUGUUGCCCCACCUGAAAUCCCUUGAGAUUAGAGGAGCAGAUGCAAUCAAAACCAUUGGACCUGAAUUUCUUGCCCCCCGUGCAUCGUCAGCAGCGACUACAUUUCCCAAGCUUGAAGAGCUGAGACUUUCGGACAUGCAUAAUUGGGAAGAAUGGUCAUUUGGUAUGGUGGAGGGGGUUGGUGAAGAAAGAAGAGGAGCCCCCAAGUUGUUGCCUUGUCUAAUGAAGUUGAAACUUGACUACUGUCCCAAGCUGAGAGCUCUUCCUCCACUGGGCAUGUUGCCUGAGCUAAAAUACCUUUAUAUUAACGCAGCAUAUGCAAUCAAAACCAUCGGACCUGAAUUUCUUCGCCCCCGUGCAUCGUCAGGAGCGACUUCAUUUCCCAAGCUCGAACAGCUGCAAUUUAGAUGGAUGUACAACUGGGAAGAAUGGUCGUUUGGUAUGGUGGAGGGGUUGGUGAAGAAAGAAGAGGAGCCCACA